CGGCCAAUGGUACGCGACGGUAGAAGAUGGUUUUGAUUUUGUGUACCAAUUUUUUUCUGCAUGUGUCAAAAAGCGCCCUCGCUUGUUUGCGCAUGGAGCGCAAAACUUGUGUAUACAUGUAUGUGUGCAUUGAGGAUUGAAACUGUGAGUGAGAGGUUUUUUUUCAAAGUUUUAUUUUUCGCUAAACAACGAUAUGAAGUGCAUGAUACCUGGAAGCAACAUUAAAGUAUUUGGAAGAAGUAUCCACUGUUUAUCAAAGAUUGGAGAAGACUUGUACAUCGAACCUUUAGAUCAUGGGCUGGCUCUGAGGACAGUGAACUCUUCAAGGUCAGCCUAUGCCUGCUUCCUGUUUGCCCCAAGUUUCUUCCUGUCGUAUAUUAAUGGGACGUAUAAUCAACAGGAGACAAAUCAAGAGGAAGAGGACAGCUUUAGAUGCCGAAUAACAAUGAAGUCUUGCCUGACAGUUUUCAAGUCGCUCUACACAUUGGAGAAAACAGUGGAUAAAUGUCAGGUGUACAUUGAUCUGAAGGAUUGCCGACUAGUCUUCCUUCUGCAUUGCAAGCAUGGUAUUGUGAAGACCCAUAAUCUGACUUACCAAGAAACAGAGACCCUUCAAGCUGUCUUCUCCAAAGACCUGUGUCCUAACCACAUUGUGGCUAAUUCAAAGGCUCUGAUUGAUGUUGUGAGUGGCUUCCAGACGUCACAGGAGGAGAUUACAUUGAACGUAACUCCUCAACAGGUCAGCUUCAAGAACUAUGUAGAAGAUGAACCAGAUCCUAACAAGGUUGUGCACUCGGAGAUGUUUCUAAGCCCAAGUGAGUUUGAUGAUUAUACAGUGGGCAUUGAUGCAGAAGUAACAUUUUGCCUAAAGGAACUCAGGGCUGUGUUGUCUUUUGCUGAUGCUGCUGGUUUGCCUAUGUCACUGCACUUUGAGUCCACGGGAAAGCCCAUUGUGUUUGCUAUGGAGAGUGAGCAAACAUUAGAAGCAACAUUUGUUCUUGCCACCUUAGCUGACCUUCCAUCCAGUCAAAGCUCUACUCAGCACAGAGUCUCUGCAGCUAGUCAACACACUGCAGUCAAUCAUACAAGCCACACACACAGUUUAACAAAGCAAAGGAAGCAAGCAGUGAAUAACUCAUCAAGCAGGAGUCAUUCUAACCAAGCCGAUGAUCGGAGAGAAUUCAGGAAAACCAAGCCUCCUAAUACAAAGAGACAAAAUGAAAUGGAUUUUCCAGAUGAUCUCAACAACCAGAGGGAAACCAGUCACUGUAGGCAGCCAGGGUCAGACAGGAUGAAAGAUAUUGAUGCAGAGUUUGAGCAUCAAGACAGAGUACAAGCAAGAGGCCCCAGUAGUCCUGUCAUUCCUCUGCACUCACAUGUCCACAGAGCAUCUGAACAUCAGACUAGACCAGCACUCUUCCCUGAGAUUAAAGCUGCCCCAAAGGACAAUGACAGAGCUACACAGAUCACCCAAUGUGUGCAACCAAACAGGACAGUAUUGGCAAGAUAUGAGGAGCCUUGUGAUGAAGAGCAUAGAGUGAAUGCUAAACAACAGACUGGUGUAGUUGCCCCUGAUGAUCAGUGUGUUGAUAGUGCCAAUGUUAGUGACAGUGAAGACUAUGAUUUUGUGCCAGGAACUCCCCCCAGCAAAAGAGUAGGAGUCUACAUGUUCAAGUCAAUGUUCUUUGGAGCAUCUCAACAGCUGAGCCAGUCAUUGGAGACUGCCCAGAAGUCUUCAGCUGUGUUCAAGUCAAUGUUCUUUGGAGCAUCUCAACAGCUGAGCCAGUCAUUGGAGACUGCCCAGAAGUCUUCAGCUGUGGUAUUGUGCGAAGAUACUGAUGAGGAGGAUUCAGACUGA